GCAGUGCUGCAGCCCGAUUGGACAACGCGAGGCGGAGUGGGAGGAGCCAGGCCGAACACCACGGCCGCUCCGCUCUUUCUCUCCGCUUUGCUCGUUGAACUCCCGCAGGCUCCGCGGCUCCUCUCUCUCCAAACAAUCCCAAACUACCAACUUUUCUUCCCCUCUUUUUCGUUGGUUUUUGUUUUGAAACACCAGCAAAUCUGCGCGUUCACACCGGAAGCUUGCGACGACACGACAAAUGGCUCAACCGAUCCCCGCCCGGUCUUCACGGUGCGACGCCGUCCCGAAGCGCGGCUGCGUCUAAAUUGUGCCACACAACUUCACACAAAUCCACCGCGGAACAAGUUCGAACCGAGGGAAAGGGAUCCGGAUCAGCUGUGCGUCUCUACAGGUCAACGUCAAGAUGUCUGUCAGUAACCACGAAAACAGAAAGUCUCGCUCCAGUUCCGGCUCCAUGAACAUCCACCUUUUCCAUAAGACGACGCACGCCGACAGUCUGCUGACGCAGCUCAACCUGUUGCGCAAGCGAAAAGUCUUCACCGAUGUCGUCCUGAAGGCCGGGAACCGGUCCUUCCCCUGCCACCGGGCCGUGCUGGCCUCCUGCAGCCGAUACUUUGAGGCCAUGUUCAGUAUCGGGCUCCGGGAGAGUCUUGACGGCGAUGUCGACUUCCACGACUCUCUGCACCCAGAGGUGCUGGAGCUCUUGCUCGACUACGCCUACUCGGCCCGCAUCCUCAUCAACGAAGAAAAUGCGGAGUCGCUCCUGGAGGCCGGCGACAUGCUUCAGUUUCACGACAUCCGGGACGCCGCGGCCGAGUUCCUGGAAAAGAACCUUCACCAGUCCAACUGUCUGGGGAUGAUGCUGCUGUCGGACGCCCAUCAGUGCCAGAGGCUGUACGAGCUGUCGUGGAGGAUGUGCCUGGCGGACUUUGCUACUCUCUUCAGGACCGAGGACUUCCUCAGCCUGCCCAGAGACAAAGUCAAGGAGCUGAUCCUCAGCGAGGAACUGGAGGUGGAGGACGAGAGCCUGGUGUACGAGGCGGUUAUCGACUGGGUCAAGGCCGACAUGGAGCACAGGCACAGCGAGCUGCCCGACCUGCUGCGCUGUGUCCGCCUGGCGCUGCUCCCCGAGUCGUACCUGCUGAAGAACGUCGCGUCGGAGGAGCUCGUGAUGUGCCACAAGGUGGGACGGGAGAUCGUCGAAGACGCGGUGCGGUGCAAGAUGAGGAUCCUCCAGAACGACGGCAUUGUAACGGGUUUCUGUGCCAGGCCGAGGAAAGUUAGCCAGGCCCUGCUGCUGCUGGGAGGACAGACCUUCAUGUGUGAUAAAGUCUACAUGAUCGACAACAAGACCAAGGAGAUCACCCCCAAAACGGACAUCCCCAGCCCCAGGAAAGAAUGCAGCGCCUGUGCCAUCGGUUGCAAGGUUUACGUCACCGGUGGUCGCGGCUCCGAAAACGGGGCCUCCAAGGAUGUCUGGGUCUACGACACGUUACACGACGAGUGGUCCAAAGCGUCACCGAUGAUGGUGGCCAGGUUCGGGCACGGCUCCGCGGAGCUCGACCACAUGCUGUACGUCGUCGGAGGACACACGUCUCUCGCGGGCUCGUUCCCCGCGUCGCCAUCCGUGUCCCUCAAGCAGGUGGAACAGUACGACCCCCAGACCAACAAAUGGGCGCUGGUGGCUCCGCUCAGGGAGGGGGUGAGCAACGCCGCUGUCGUCGGGGCCAAAAACAAACUCUUUGCCUUUGGGGGCACCAGUGUUAAUAGGGACAAAUACCCCAAAGUCCAGUGCUUUGACCCGUGCCAGAACCGGUGGUCCGUGCCGGCCGCCUGUCCCCAGCUGUGGCGCUACACGGCGGCGGCGGUGGUCGGCAACCACGUCGUGGUGAUCGGCGGCGACACCGAAUUCUCCGCCAGCUCCGCCUACCGGUUCAACAGCGAGACGUACCAGUGGUCCAAGUUCGGCGACGUGACGGCCAAGCGGAUCAGCUGCCACGCGGUGGCGUCGGGAAACCGGCUCUAUGUGGUCGGGGGCUACUUUGGGGCCCAGCGGUGUAAGACGCUGGACUGUUACGAUCCCUCGUCGGACUCUUGGGAGAGCGUGACCAGCGUGCCCUACUCGCUCAUUCCCACCGCCUUCGUCAGCACGUGGAAGUACCUCUCGGCGUAGGGAGGAGCGCGUUCUUUGAGAUAAGCGGUGGCGUCUGGUAUGCAGGCUGAUUUCUCCCUUCACUGGCUGCACAGAAGAGGAGGAGGAGGAGGAGGAAGAAUUUGUGUAGUCCUGCUGUGGCGCCAUCCCGCCUGAAGCGAAGGCCCGAGUCCCCGAGUAAGAGACCUGGGAGACGGCGACUUCUUCCCGGCUGAUCCGUCAACUCGUCCCCUGCGUGAGACCUUCCCACGUAGCCACUAGCCUGAGCUGCACUGGUUGCCAUGUUCACUGCGGGGACCUCACACUCUCCGUCUAACGUGCCGAUACUAUGUGCGCUGGGAUUUCCAAACUUUUCCACCUCCUGGGGGCAAAGCUGCUGCAGUGAGUGUAAGAAGCCUGCUGUUACUGACGCACUACGUAAUGUAAAAUGUGCAUCGUCUCACUGCAAGAUUACAAGUUGCGAGUUGAGGGCUUGUUAGUGUCGCUGACUGACGUGUUGCUUUACAGUGAAGUGCAAAAUGCCGAUUCCUCAUUAUCUGGACGGAAUUAGACCUUUGCUUUGCCAGGCGGGUGGAGAAGGACAUUGAGGAAGUGUAUGAUUUUGUGCACAGAAACGAUCUUUCGGUCGGCAUUUUUAGCAUUUGGACUCGGGCUUCCCACAAUCUUGGCAAGUUGAAUCUGUGUCAUCCUCCUACACUUAAAAUACACGCUCGCAAGAGCAAAUGUGGCCCUUCGUGGCCGAAGGAACUUUUGUUUCAAGAUCUUAUUUGAUGCUAUAACUUUUUUGUUUUGUGUAUAUUGUGUCUCAGGGUUUGUUUUGUUUUUUUGUGUAUUCAUUCAAAGUAGAGUUCCUUCUGCUAACUUCUUUUCUUUUGAAUGUACCAUUUUGUGCUAAACCGUUUAACAUGGAUCUGUUAUUUUAGAUGAUUGUUUUGUCAAGUGUAAAAGUAUCUGUACGUUUAAUGGCAUCGGUUGUAUUUAUACAUAUGUAAUAUUGCCAAAACCCAAAUGGCUAAUCUUGGCCAUGAUGGAUUUAAAUAACAAACUGUGUCCAAAGUAGUAAGAAGUUCUCGCUAUAUCAUUUUUUUAUUGUAUAUUUCAGGAUUGUUAACAGAAGUCUUUUUUGUUAAUAGUUUGUAUUUGCUUUGUAACACAUUUGUAGACGCCUUUGAUUUGCACAUUUUGUACGAACGAAAACUCUUAAUGGUCUUAAUUUUGUACCUUUUGUCUUAACCCAGCCGGGGUAGUGUGAAUAAUCAGUGCAGCAAAUGAUCAAUUUGUUCCUCUUUGAACAAUCCUCAUUUGCCCUGCAGCUUUCCAAUAUAUCAAAUACACUGUUAUAUUAAGCUAUUACUGAUAAACCAUGUUCUACAGUUCACCACUCAAUAAAUAUCUUUAAAACAUAAAA